AUGCCUUGCUGCGCCCCUGGCGUGUCAUCUGCCGACAUAACCAGUGCUGAUGAGCUGCAGCACGCUGCCAUCCAGCAGAUCCAGCUGGAGCAGAUGAAGCAAUUACGCGAAGCUUUGCGCGACAUCGAGGUACCGACCUUGAAAAAAGAUGUUCUUAGCGAACUUUCCAUUGCGCUGGGCACGCAGCUCAAUGUGGACGGAGUGCCCAACUCCCUGUCUGAAAUCUCCAGCACCUUCUUUGCGCCUUGCGAUUGGCCGCUCGAGACUUUACAAUUCGAAACGCGGCGUGCAAGAUGGGCCUGGAGUGAUUGGAGCCGGAGAAGCAUAGAUUCCGCCAUCUUGCUGCUGGUUCCGGAGAGCAGAGCUCACUGGUUUUAUAAGAGCCUCCUCAGGUUAUCGCGGCGAGCACCAGACCUAUGGGAUAGCUACUAUUCUCCUGGUUAUAUUCGGGAAGCAACCGGCCUCUAUUUACCUUCUCGUGAUUUCUACCCAGAGCCCUCGUGGACAGCAUACCACACGUCCUACGGUAAAUGGGUUCAGUUCUCGCCAGUUGCGUCAGAGUUGCCGCAUGCGUCAUGUUUAGUUGUCGAUUCGGGUACGCCAGAAGACGACAUGAUUCUACUGUCCGAGGCCGAACAGGCCGCAGCGCUGGUAGAGUUCCAGCUCAAAGAUAGCGGCUAUACCAACCACCAUACCAAACCAGUCCUGGUCGCGACAAUCAUGCGUAAUCAGACGGCGCGUCUCACACAGGCCUAUUUUGACGGCAAGCAAAAUAUGCUCGUCCUUCGCCAAUCGCGGACGCUCGACUUGUCAGGGCGGCUCCCAAGCUCUGAUGCGUGGUUGCUGCUGAGAUGGAUUGCCAGCCAACCGAUUGGCGAGACACGUUAUCCUGCGAAUGGUGCACAGGAGAGGAUGUUUCGCGAUGACCCAACCAACUUGGCAUCUCAGAUCCCUGUAUAG